UCAUGAUCAGUUGAAUGCUCGAAGCGUCUUGGGCUGUGCUGAUACGUCCCCGAUAUAUAAGCGAUCGAUUCUGAUCAGUUGUAAGAUCGAAGCUACAGAGAACUCGUGCAGUGGUAUCUGAGCCAGUGUUGUGUGAAGCUGCAUCUUAAGCUGUCGGUGUCACCAGGAGUUUAUAUCAUCUAUCUACAAACUUGUAUUAUAUGUUUCAUGGCGACAGAUGUGAAAUACGGAUAAAUUGCUCUCAGUGAAGCUGUAGUCAUGCGGCCGACACUCGAGGUACAGCCCCUGUGUUCCCUCUGUCUCGCGCUGGCGGUCGUGUCCACCUACAUCCGGGGAGCCGCCCUUGCACCCGGAAGCAACGACGACAAGCGACGUCAGAAAAUCAUCUUCAAGAUGCUCUCUUCUAGCUCCAAUGAGGGGCUAGCACCCAAAGACCAACCGGAUUAUAAGAGCUAUGAUAUUGACAUUAACCCGGCUCUAAAUAAUCGUGCUGGGGACCUUACCCGCAGAGAUGAUGUGGUGGCCAUAAAGGGUGACGAUAGUGGUCCGCCCAUCUUGGGAAAGGACAAAACUCCACUGACUCUGGCCAUGAUGGAGCGAUUUAAAAGCACGUGGUGCAAAACUGAACCAUUUACCCAACUUAUUAAAGAAAAGGGAUGCAUAAGCAGAAAAGUACUUAACAGAUUCUGUUAUGGUCAGUGCAAUUCAUUUUAUAUUCCCAAAACCUUGCGUAGAAGAACUAAAAGAAAAGUGUUUAAAUCUUGUGGAUUUUGUAGACCAAAGCGGACUAACACCAUCAUUGUAACUUUAAAGUGUCCCGGACGAAAGAAAGGCUUUAAGCAGAAGAAGGUCCGCCAAGUGAAGGAAUGCCAGUGUCAGGAGCGGUGAGCCUCGGGGGUCACAUGGGAUGAGGCGAGUGUGGGCCAGGGGUUGGCCGGGAAACUGUGCAAUAUUGUCUGAAAGCGGUUCGCUGGCGAGGUUGGUCCUGACUCCUGCCAUGGCAUGGGUUCAUACAGUUACAACGGGUACUGCACUCACACAUGCACCAGACACGGACUUAUUUCAUUGACUAUGUGGCAGUGAGUUUUCAUCGGACGUCGAGACAUAAAAUGUGGUGCUAUGACGUGUUCAUUAAGACCCAAGUGCAAGUAUAGUGCUACUAUAUAAUUUGAAUGGAAAACUAAAGAUGAAACAUUUUUGUUGCCAAAUCUCUGAAUCAAUCACUAAAAUUGCUAUAUAACUGGUAAACACUUGUGAUACGAUCUCCUGCAAUUGUACUGUCGGAAUGUGUGACUUCACGCCGCUUUUAAGUAAGCUGUGGCGCUUCCCCUACUGCCAGGCUGAAGGCACGGCGGUUUAAUGUGUCGAUCGCGCCUAGAAAUCGGUGCCACUUUUCUCAAUCAUGCUCCUCGUAAAUCUAACAGACUCCUACAAUGGUUUGAUUUUGUCGACUAAAGUGUUUUAUUUCUCCUCAGAAAUUCGAGUGGUUGAAGUAUUGUUUUGUCGUAAACCUGUGAACUCGUAAAGUACCAAAGGCGUUCGAUGCUCCGCGGUGUCUACUGGAAAGCACUGUUUAUUUUGCUACCAAGCACUAACCUGGCACAGACAGACAGGAGAAUCAUUCAACGGGAAACAUAAAUUGCUAUUUUAGAGGCGGGAUAUUUAGCGCCGAUAAUGAUUCCAGAGUUUAUUUUCGGCGUUUCUAGGAAAUAAUAGAGACGGUCAUUACAAACAAGUGGCGCGCUAGACCAGCCUGUUUUUACAGAGAGAGGACUUGUAUAAUAUUACUGGCAACACUUACAAUAAACGCGAGCCUACAUUCUGUGGCUUCAACUGAACUUGUUAUGGUCUAAAUACGGGUGGUCUCAAUAGGAGUUUCUUCUUUUUUCUUUGUUGUUUGUUCUUAAUGCGUUUCGAUUUUUGGGAUUUUUUUUUCACUUCUGCAAAGGCAAUUUAUGAAACUUAAAUACUGACAAUCGCACCGUAUACCGCUCAAGCAAACUAUCUAAACAUUUUGUUUAACGAUAUCUGAUAAAAAUUCUGAUGUUAAUUUGUUUUGAGCCGAAUUGUAGACAAAACACAGGCAUUUGAAAAGAACAGACAUGAAGGCUGUAUUUAAACAAUUGUUUUGUUCAAUCAAGAUUAGACAAUUGAUGUUGUUUUAUGUGGGUAUAUGUUAAUGUGUAUGUUACACUGAUAAGCUGUGAUAAGAUUUUAUGUAAAUACGAAUAUUUAUUUGAAUAUUGUAAUAAAUAUGUAAAACUUU